CAGCAGUAGGCCAAGAGAUUAACAACCAAGUGUCAAAAGUACAAAACAUUUGCGGAUAAUCGCGACCGACUGACCCCAUUACUGGUUUUGGAGGUGGUUCUGCACUGCAAAAGGGACUUAAGAGCUCUGCUGGUCUGUGCGUCGCUAUGUUGGCUGUGCGCCCGAUGUGGACGCGGGCCAUGUGCCUGCCCGCGCUUAAUGGUUCUGUCGCGCAGAUCCGUUCGAAGGCCACCCUACCGGUGGUGCAGAAGAAUCGACCGGAGAAACUGCCGUACUCACCGUUCGGCACGAAGCAAUCGAACUGGGCCGACUGGACGGUGGCCCGGCUUGACGACGUGCUGAACUGGGCUCGCAAGAACUCGAUGUUUCCGCUGUCGUUCGGGCUGGCGUGUUGCGCCAUCGAGAUGAUGCACUUUGCCGCCCCGCGCUACGAUAUGGAUCGAUUCGGGGUGGUGUUCUUCCCGUCGCCCCGUCACGCUGACGUUAUCAUCGUGGCCGGUACGCUGACCAAUAAGAUGGCACCGGCCCUGCGUAAGGUGUACGACCAGAUGCCAGAACCACGCUGGGUCAUCUCGAUGGGCAGCUGCGCCAACGGAGGUGGCUACUACCAUUAUUCGUACUCGGUUGUACGGGGCUGCGAUCGCAUCAUCCCGGUCGACAUCUACGUGCCCGGCUGUCCACCAACCGCCGAAGCACUGCUGUACGGUGUGCUGCAGCUGCAGAAAAAGGUGAAGCGCAUGAAAACUCUGCAGAUGUGGUACCGCAAGUAGAGCUGCUGCCGGAUGGAACUAAGCACCGGGUCGUCACUAGGUUGGGCGUGCCUGUUGGAGUAUUAUAUCUUUUAGGAUGGUGGAGGACUUUAACUUAACGAGAGGGACAUUCCUCGAUGGAACUUAAUAACACAGGGGCGAGGAGCUGGACAGAGAUAGCAGAGAUGGAGUGCUCAUCAAUUCCCUCUUUGGCUUUUUCUUUUAUAUUGGAGCCAUGUGCGCAUGCGCGUGAUUUCUACCGUACACUUGAUCACGGUGUUAGCUAGCGACCGGUGCAGCGAAUUUUAGCGAUUGGGUCAAGUCAAGUCAAUAAAAAGUCAAGC